UUAUGGGAUUUUACAGAGGCUUUUAAUUUGAAAUAUGACUGGGCCAGCUGAACACAGGAAGUGAUUUGCAGUUCUGUGCUAGUGCACAGUUUAAACAGGUUGUGCACAGAGGUGGGCGCAGAUCUCACGGGGGGCUUUAGGUCGUGUUCUUGAGUUAUUAAGCAGAGUAAAACAGUUAACGCUGAUGAGCUGCACUGACGUCGCUGUAGUGAUUCUGCGCUGCUGUGUGAUUUAAAACUGAACUCGAGAGGUUUGAGUGAAGGUCAGUGAAGUGAAGUCUCCCCGGGUUAGUCUGAGGAUCUGAGGAGAUGAGCCCUCUGCCGGGAGCGGAGCUGGUCCGGACUCCGCUGCAGCUCUACCGCUACCUGCUGCGCUGCUGUAAACUCCUGCCCUCAGCGGCCAUGCAGAAACACUACAGACACGCAGUGAGGCAGAGUUUUAACAGCCAUGCAGACGAGGACAACCCGGAAAGAAUCAGUAUGAUUAUCCAAAGAGCUAUUUCUGAUGCUGACUGGAUAUUAGAUAAGUAUACCAAAAAGAAGUGAUUUCCAGCUCAGGAUAAAAAGGGUAGCCCGGCUCUGGCAGACGGCGGAUCCAAAGCUGGAUGAAGGACAGCUCUGAAGAUCACGGGGAGAUUUUAAUGGCUGCUGUUGGCCAGUCCUUCAACGUAUUAACAUUAGCUCAGAAAAUCACAUCGGCCAAGGUCAUAAAAAUUAUGUCGUCGCUGUUGGGAGAAAACCUCAUAUCUCAUAUGUAUUUCAUAUAUGUUCGUCAUUUUUCAUUUUAAAAAUAAAUUUAAAUCAAAUGCUCCAAAGUAGGGCAGCAUGGUGGCGCAGUGGGUAGUGCUGUUGCCUCAAGGAUGGCCUGGGUUCGAUUCCUGGCUGGGCGACCAGGGUCAUUUCUGUGUGGAGUUUGCAUGUUCUCCCCGUGUCUGCGUGGGUUUCCUCCGGGUACUCCAGUUUCCUCCCAUAGUCCAAAGACAUGCAGUCAAGCUGAUUGGAUAUGCUACAUUGCCUCUAGGUGUGAGUGUAUAUGUCUGUCUGUCUGCUCUGCGAUGGACUGGCGACCUGUCCAGGGUGUGUCCUGCCUUCUGCCCAAUGACAGCUGGGAUAGGCUCCAGCACCCCACCGCAACCCAGGAUAAGCGGUUUAGAUGAUGUGUGUGUGUGUGUGCUCCAAAUUGACUUGGAAUAAUGUUUUUUCAAUUCUAUUAAAAUAGAUUUUUUUUCCUUUUCCUGUAAAGUCACCUUUUUGGAGAUACGAGGAUUUGUUGUGGCAGUGACGAUAUAUUGCUUACUGACCAACUGAACAAUUGUUCAGAAUUUCACGCACAAUUUAUUUAGACUGCCUUGUAUGUCUUUAAACACUUUGUGAACUUUUAAUUUUUCAAGCACUGAUCAAAGCUUAAGCUAAAAUGUUGGUCGCACUUUAUUUUGAUGGUCCCCUAUAGACUGAAUCUCUACAAAGCCUCUACAGUGGACCUUUAAAAAAUAGUGUUAACAAAAUGUUUACUUAAGCAUGUUUUCCUCAGCGCUUAUUGUACUUAUGCAAAACAUGUUUUUUCUUUAUAGAACAAGGUAAUACCUCAAUAUUUAACCAUUAAAAAGUGAUUCUUUAAAGUAAAGACUGAUUAUAUAUAGAACCAUGUGCACUCAAAUAACCAUUGAAAGCAAAAAUGCUUCUUUUGUGAUAGAAAACCUGUUGUGUAUGGUUCUUUAAAUCUUUUAAAAAUGGUUCUGUAUAGUGCCAAAAAAAGCUUAAUCUGUUGUUAUAAUCAUACUGUGUAGAACUGUUUCCGCUAAAAAUGUAGGGCAAAAGGAAAGAAGACUGCGGAAUCAUGAGCCUGGUUGAUACAUAUUGUAAUGAAUUAAGCUUGUUUCCCCCAGGAAGAUACAUUUAUUGCCCUCAGAACCAUCUACCCACAGGCUUAUAGACCACUCAGAUCUUGGUUGUUGGUGAAAAAACUCUAAACAUGCUACUAAAUUUCAUCCAAUGAACUCUUAGUAAAAAAUUUCAGUGACGUUGUUGUGUGGUUAUAAAAGAUUUGCUCGUGUGAUGUGGUUAUAAAAGAUUUAUGCAAGUUAUGUGUGUUAUGUUACACUGUUAUCUCCAUCACCACAAAAUUUCACUUUACCAUCAUUAUUGCUUAAGGUUCCUGUUUUUCUUAUUGAUUUCUAGAAGGCCUUGGGAUCCAGAUGAGCACCUGGCUCUGAUGAGCUACCUCUAGGGAUGCCAUAUAGGCCGACCCCUGUUCUGUUAGAGUGCCUGUUUCUCUGCUUGUGCAAGAGGCGGUGAGGUCGUGACCCUCCCACCUGUUUAAUGGCUUUCUGAGUUGGCUACAGUGAAACUUAACUAUAAGCCUAGGCCUGCACUUAGGCCACUGUAGCCUUUAAAAGUUUCUAGUGAUAACAAAAACAUGGUGUAGUUAUUUCUCACUCACUGCGCCUUCUUUGCACCACAAGCUGAUAAACUAUUGAAAGCGGGAUUCUAAAGCUCCAGUCAGAACCACAUUUGUGUUUGUAAGUAGAAGAGGUGCUAUUUUAUUACCUGCAAUCAUAGCCAACAAUAAAAUAAACUGGGUAC